AAACCAUAAUACAAGAAUACGGGUUUCCCAAUAUUAUUUUGAGAAAUUCACCUUUCUUGAUUGCGGGAAUUGUUUAACGUUUAUUUUAUUUGGUGUAUCGUCAGCAGUUGGUGUGGUGUUUUCAAAAUCGCUCUUCUAUAAAUAUUAUUUAAAAGAAUGAAAACGAGGUUAGUCUUGCUCAUCUCCACCAUAAUCCUCAGCUGUCUUCCACCCACGAAGGCGAAAAUCUCAUUAUGCAGCCAGUCACUGAAGGACUGUCAGUGCGGCAAGCAGUUCGUGGAGACCCAGAGCAUGUUUGUGGUGAACUGCACCAACACCCAGUUCACCACCACCGACAUGCUGCAGGAUCUGCCUGAGGAGACCAACAUGCUGAUCUUCACUGGCAACCACAUCGACACGCUGCCGAUGAACGUCUUCGGCACCUCCUUGGACUUGAGCGAAUUGAGGAUCAUCGACAUGAGCAACAACGGCAUCAGGGACAUCAAAGGGAAGGCGUUCCACCGCGUGGAGAACGUCCAACGUUUGAUACUAAAUCACAAUAACAUAUCCAUAUCGGCCAAUUUGAACGUCAACUAUCAUCAUCCGAGGGUGUUUUCGAAUUUCGUCAACUUACAGGAGUUGCAUUUGACGAACGCCUUUCAGGACAACACCGACGCCGCAUUGGCCGACGAUUUGCACGACAUCUUCGUCAACAGCAACCUCACGCAACUGUACAAGCUUCAUUUAGAACAGAACGAGAUUAGGUAUUUCAAAGACGAGAACGUGUUCUGCGAUUUGCCCAAUCUUCACGACGUUUAUUUAGGACAAAACAACAUUCCCAGUCUGAACUUCAACGUGAAUUGUUUGAAGAAGUUGCGCUACUUGGAUUUGGAAAGCAACAACAUCACGAAAUUCUCCCAAAGGGACCUGGACGCUUUUGACAAGCUGGCACAGCCGUACAAGUCGGAAAAUUUAAUACUGGACAUCGACAACAAUCCGUUUAGGUGCGACUCGGCAGUUAAAAAUUUAUACAACUGGCUGCACAAAACCAGCGUCAAGGUGCGUAAUUUGGAACGACUUGAAUGUCAUCAGGCGAAGUACGGCAGGAAAUACAUCAUGAACUUGAAAAAUCUGGCUGAAGGGAAGCACGCGAGGAUUUCUCAAGCUUUGACGGUUUUGCUUUGCGUUUUGGUUGUUAUUUUGAUCACUCUUUUGGCCGCUUAUGCUUAUUUGAAAAAGGAGACGGUCACACAUAAACUUAGUCCAUUGUUUGACGCUGUUUCUAGAAAAGUUCAGUACACCACUAUUGAGUCACAGGACGUGUAAUUUUAAUGUUAAUAGUAUUACGAAAAUUUUGUAUUGUUUCGAGUAUUUUUGUGCCAAACGAAACUGUUUAGUGCAAUCCUUGACAUUGUAAUAAUUGAUCUUAUAAAAUUAAUAACGUAGGAAAUAGGUAUGUGACACUAUCACAUGUGAUUAAUGCGAAUUGUGUGAAUAAAUUAUUAUAGGUAUUUACAUGAAGGCUAGAUUUAAUUAUUAUAACAUUGUAAAUAGACUAAACGAGGAUUUUAUUUUAAGUGCAUUUAAUGCUUUGAAAACUGUGUAUGUAUUAUGUAAAUAUAACUGACAAAUGUGUUCCUAAUAUAAUUUUAAUAUUUACGACAAUAAAACAGUAUGUAUGUAUGUAAAAGUGUGAUUAAUAAAGUAAUUUUUCAUUUUUAA